GCAACAUGGAUGGCUUCAUACGGCGCCAAUACACAUACCGCGGCGUCCUUCCCAAUCCCCUAAUGCGGGUCGCGCUGGUCUGGCGUUCCUCCUCACCAGUCAGGCAAGUCGGUUCCGAUAGUGAUGAUGCAAGUCUGAGCGACGUGGAACAAGUCAAGGAGGAGCGGCAUUUUGAAUGGACGGAAGUGAGUCUAGCUGAUCAAGUUCGGAUCUUACAUGAUCUCUGCGAAUGGCACAUGCAGAGCGAGAAAUUUCGCGAACGAGCCGGUGUCAGUGACAUGGAGAUGACCAGCUGGCGCAUCGAUCCUAUCGGCAGGGAUUCCAACGAUGUUGUCUACUAUUUACUUGACGACGGCAGGCUUUACUGCCGGACAGAUCCAUGCGUCCAAUUUGCUGUGCACCGGAAGCAAGGGCGCGGCCACACUACUGAUCAUGUUCAACGGCAGGACGGAGAAGCCACGGAAGACUGGACUUGCCUAGCUACCUCUUAUUUGGAAUGGGUUGCCUUCGCGGAGACUUUGGUUGAUCCAUUCGGUGCAGAUGAGAAGCGUCUGUACAAUGUCAUAAAAAAGCAGCUGCUGCCAGACAUACUUGCAGCAGAGGAGGAACGACGUUUGGAGGGCGAAAGAAUCGAGCAGCUACGCAUCAAGGAACUGCUCCUGGCCGAAGCCUUAUCCACUCGCAAACGGUCGUCUCGAAUCCAAGUUAUUGAAGAGCGUCGCCACGAAGAAUCUGCCCGAGCGGCCGCUGAGCGGCAUCAGGAAGAGCUCGAGGCUGCUGCAAAACGACUGAAGAUGCAGGACCAAGGCGCGAUUGCUUACAUGCCGCAGCCUCGGCUAACACGAGAAGCUCGAGCUAGAGACAGAGAACUGCGCCUCUAUAUGCAGGACAAAUCACUCUCAGGUAGGCCAGCCGAUCUUGAGCAUGUAGCGUUGGCACACUCGCCAGUCACGUUACCAAAGACCAACUCAAUUUCGCAGGCCGCGCCGGAGUCCUUAUGUGGAAGCACAAGACUUGAUGAAGAGGUCGAUACAGAAGCAGAUCCGCGUCAACGAGAUUUGGGACCCGAGCCAGUGGUUGCCACUCAGGAAGAUGGCUCCACCCAAGAGAGCAUUGAUACGUACGCACCUGGAUUAUCCGUCGCGGUGACCGCAUUCCAAAAUAGAGAGGGCGGUGCAAAGCAGUCAUGCCCCACGACAUGAGUGUUUGAACUACGCUGAAAGUAGCUUCACAGGCCAUGAGCCAAGAUGGAUGCCAUCGAUUACGACCGAACGACUGGUCAGAAUGUCUGGAUGUCCUCUACUCGCAAGAGUGUUUUCUCAUGCUUCGAGCUGUUCUGUUGUCGGUGUUCUCGAAGGCGUCCGUCGACAAACUCCGAGUUGUUGCGCCGCAGACUUGUUGGCAUGCGCAAAUGGGAAGCGUUUUGCACAAGCACUCGAUGACAACUUGUAAAAGCACAUAGAUCAGGUAUUGAUCCGAAUAAUUGCCACAGAACAAUCA